UCUUGGGCCCUCGUAACUCUGAAACGAGCUUCAUAAAAAAUUUAAUGAGCUCUCAUUGAAAAACACACAACAUGUUUUCUUGGGUUAGAGGAAAGUGCAUAGGCAGAGGCUCUUAUGGCACCGUCAACUUGGCUUUCAACAAACAAACCGAUGCGGUUUUUGCCGUGAAGAGUGCCUCUGAAGCAAAUCACGUUCAAGCGUUAGACAACGAGAUCAAGAUUCUAAGCUCGUUGUCUUCUCCUUUUAUUGUUAAAUUCCUCGGCGACGACGUCUCGUUUGAAAAUUCAACAACCUGCCGGAAUCUUCACAUGGAGUACUUGCCAGGUGGCACCCUUGCUGACCUGGCCUCAUCAACUCACCGUUUGGCUGACGUGGACGAGCAGGCUGUUCGGUCAUUUACAUACUGUAUAGUCUCUGCUUUGAAGUACAUACACUCUAGAGGCAUUGUUCACUGUGAUGUUAAAGGACGGAAUAUUCUAUUGGGUAAUAAUUCAGAUUCCGUUAAACUAGCAGAUUUCGGUUCGGCGAUUGACGCUGCAUGUGGGGAGCCCCUUUUGCCACGUGGAAGUCCGCUGUGGAUGGCACCGGAGGUGAUCAGACGCGAAUACCAGGGACCGAAAAGUGAUGUCUGGUCUCUGGGCUGUACAAUUAUCGAGAUGGUCACCGGAAAGCCGGCUUGGGAGGAUCGCGGGGCUGAUUCGCUGAGUCUGAUCGGCUUUUCAAACGAAGUGCCCGAGUUGCCGAGUAAGUUGUGUGUGCUGGGUCAGGAUUUUCUGAUGAAGUGUUUGAAGAGGGAGCCAAAUCAGCGGUGGAGCUGUGAUCAGCUACUGCAGCAUCCAUUCUUAGCUUCUGUGAAUUCUGAUUUGCUGGGGGACGAAUUGUCUCCACGUUGCGUACUCGAUUGGUACUUCAAUUCAGAUUUCGAGGAAGAUAAUGACGUAAUGGAGCAAGGUUCGGCUUCGAGUUUUGACAAUAUUGAGGUUUCGGCUAAAAAUAGGAUUGGUAAAUUGGUGACUAGUGGAGGGGUAAAUUGGGAAACAAAUGAUGGCUGGGCUGAGGUUAGGAGUGGUUGUGUGAAACGUGAAAGAGGCGAGGGUGAUGAAUCAGGGACCAGUUCGAUAUAUUCUUCUGAUUCGGCGUGGAUAAGUGAGGAAGGGGGUAGGAUAAAACGGAAAGUUUGUAAUUUUAGUGCUGGCGAAUUACACGUGAAUGGCUCUAAGGGGUCGUCCUUUUGUGGAAUUCAUUGGCGCGGUGAGUUGUGCAGCGGAAGUGAAGCUGGUGGUGGUUCGGGUUGUCAUUAUGGUUCACAAAAAGCGGAGCUAGCGGUGGAGGGGUGUGAUUUGGCAGGGAUUUACUUCAGAAUGUUGUGUAAUUUGUUGUUGUAUUUACUGUGUUUCAUGAGAUUAAUGAGAUGUAAAUUUAUUCUUUGGUGUAAAAUCUUUGUUGUUGGGUUUAAUAUGUGCUAGCAUAUUCGAAUGUGUUCAGUUCAA